UAAGUGUAGGUGUGUGGCUGUGUAUUUUCUUAAUAUGGAGACUACGAUUGCUCAGCAAAUUUAGGCGAUUUAUUAAAAAAAUUGUAUCCGGAUUAAAUUUCAACAUCCGUCACUAUGUCUGACAUUUUUAUAGCAUAUAUCCGGGAUAUAUCUCUUUAAUAUACUGAAAGCGUGGGAUGGAUGGUAAGUUUAAAAGACCUGUGCGAGCGGCAGCGUUCGAACAUUUUGGUAUUUCGCAGUAUCCAAAGCAUGACAGGAGGAACUAUGAUCGUUACGCUGUUUGCAGUCUUGGUGCUAUUUGCCUCGUUCGCAAGUUGUGACAUAACUCUAGAAAACCUGUUUGCCCGCCGAACCCCAAAAAGACGUAUUGCGUUUGAAGCUCACAUGGAAAACGAACUGGCACAUUACCCUUUAAACACGCCACUUAUUUUUCCCGUGAGUACACUGAACGAGGGCAAUGGUUAUAAUCCCAAUACUGGUGAAUUCACAGCACCAAGAAAUGGUGUCUACGCGUUUAAUGCACAUGCCUGUCACAAACCUGACACCAACAUGGUGUUUGCCAUCAUGAAGGGCAGUGAUCAAUUAGCAGUUUCGACUAUCUAUGGGAAUUCCGUCUCUACAUGUGGUUCUGUCAACACCAUCGCGAGACUUAAGGAAGGAGAAGUUGUUAAUGUUGUGGCAAAAUGGUCAGACAGUCACUUAUGGGCAAAUGAACACCGUUGGAAUUCUUUUACUGGCUAUUUUGUAUACGCUUAGUUUAACCUUUAGUUUGUUGCUUAAAGAAGUGUUCCAUUUAUUUUUUAUGUCUAGAAGCAUUGGUACAAAACAGUUUGUAAUAAAUAGAACACACAUUUUGAAUAUUCUUAUUCUAAAAACCGCUUGUAGUGAUAAAUAAAUAAGAUAUAAACUUUACACUUAUUCCCAUUACAUGAAUAUAUUAUCAAAUGUGAAUAAACCAAUGUUUAUAAGUGUAAAGUCUUGCGAUAAAAUGUAUAUAUCGAAGACAUCUUCAUUUUAGAUCUAUAUUUAUGAUGCAAUAAGUAUACAAAAUAUUCAUUUACAUUCGACUUUAUAAAGGCUUACAUUGUUAAUUUUUCAACAUAAUUCUCAUCUAAGGUAAAACAACUAUGAGAAAAAGAAAACAUUCAAUAACUUAAAAGUGAUAAACGAUAAAACUAUAGAUGAUAGUGUAUUUGUUAUUUUGUAGUUCAAUACAUGUGCUUUUUGCUUUUGCAGUUUUGAGUUUUUCUUAUCUUGAAAUGUUAAUUAAUGACCCGCGCCAUGACAAAACCAACAUCUGCGCAGUCUGAUCUGGAUCCAUGCUGUUCACUUAAAAACCCUAUUACAAGUAGAGAAACUGAUAGCGAACAACAUGGAUCCUAUCAGACUGCAUGGAUGCGCAGGCUGAUCUGGAUCCAUGAUGGUCGCAAACCCAUUAUGUUGGUUUUGUCAUGGCCCGGCUCAAAUUAUUAUUGUAUUGUCAUAUAUAACUACUCAGAAGCCCAAUAAACAGAUUUCGUUGCAAUUUCAA